AUGACCUUCCUCUUUUUCGACAAGGCACCAGAGAAUGGCGGUCGCUCUGUCUUAUGGAUGCGAAAACUUUUCCUAUUUCGUUGGUUUGUAAAGUAUUUCCCGAUCUCGCUGCACAAGACAGUGGAUUUGGACCCAUCGCGGCGCUACUUGAUGGGUUACCACCCACAUGGCAUCUUUGGCUUGGGUUGUGUCUCGGCUCUCGCAUCGCAUGCUUGCGACUUCCCGGUAAAAUUUCCGGGGAUCAAGACACAUAUCUUGACAUUGAACAGCAAUUUCAUCGUACCAUUUUACCGAGACUAUCUUAUGGCUGCAGGGUUUUGCUCUGUGUCGCGAAAGAGCUGUGAGAACAUUCUGCGCCAGAAAGCAGGCAAUGCCAUUGUCAUUGUCAUUGGCGGUGCGCAGGAAAGCCUAGCUGCACAUGCCGGACAUAUGGACUUGACGUUGCGACGGCGUUUUGGAUUCGUCAAGGUGGCGAUGCACACUGGAGCGGAUCUAGUGCCUGUCAUCGGCUUCGGUGAAAACGAUAUUUUGGGCCAGGCAGAGAACAGGAAAGGCUCAUGGCUCUAUUGGUACCAGCAGAAAAUCAAGGCGGCAGCCGGGUUUACCAUGCCCAUUUUCUUUGGCCGUGGUUUUCUGCAUAAAUACUAUGGAUGGCUACCUUACCGACGGCCAAUUGACGUCGUUAUUGGCAAGCCCAUCCCUGUACCGCAUUGCGCCAAUCCAACGCAAGAACAGAUCCAAGAAGUGCAUGAUCGAUACGUGGAAGCACUGAUUGAGUUGUGGAAUGAGAACAAGGACAAGUAUGCACCAUUACGGCUUGAAGAGUUGCGUUUGAUAGAUUAA